UUUAAAGCGAAUUCGCAAGCGAAAGGAAGCGAUUUUUACCGUGCUAUCAAAAUCUUCAAAUGCAUUUUGAAAUGUUCACAUAAAAUGUCUACUGAAGACAGCGACGAGCGCGUUUCCAAAUUGGCUAUAAAAAUGUCAGCCUUUCGUGCGCCGCCUUCCAAACAUUUUGACCUGGAGACUGUCACAGGUCACGUAAAAGACCAAUACAACCGUUUGGGCAAACGAAAAUCUUCGUAUUACAUCAAUCACCAAAUGUGGGAAAAGCGGCCAACAAUUUAUCAAGCAGAUAUAGACAAAUCCUACUUGUCUAAGAUCGAAAAAUUCCGCGAAGAGCUGUGCGAGCGAAAUCUGGAACUGAUCUGUGGUGCCUCGGAUAUCCGACCCUCGAGGUUUUAUAUGCAUCCACCGGAGAUGACAUUAAUCAGGUAAAUAUUUUUAUUGAUUAAUUUUCAGUUUAUACUAAGCAAACUCCGUAUCAGUAGUUACUGUCGCCUGAAAAUGGUUCAAAAGAUAUCGAUGUCGCUAAUUGCAUUGAAGGAAACAAACGAAACAUUGUUUAUGAUAUAAUUAUUUUUAUUAUGUCCCCACCACUAUAGUGGGGGACAUAUUGUUUUUGCCCUGUCUGUUGGUCUGUCUGUUGGUUUGCUCCAACUUUAACAUUUUGCCAUAACUUUUGCAAUAUUGGAGAUAGCAACUUCAUAUUUGGCAUGCAUGUGUAUCUCUUGGAGCUGCACAUUUUGAGUUGUGAAAGGUCAAGGUCAAGGUCAUCCUUCAAGGUCAAAGGUCAAAAAAAUCAAAGCGGCACAGAAGGGGACAUGGUGUUUCCGACAAACACAUUUCUUGUUUUUAUUUCAUUUUCCAUAAAAUACUAGUAACCAAUCACAACGCGAUUGGAUUCCAUACAAAAAAAACAUGUUUUUUUCUUUAAAUUACGUAUUGGUAUCUUUGAGUUUGGAAGCGUGUUAUGCCUUAUAAGAUAUAUCUGGAUUUGAUUUUAUCAAUAUGUGUGUUUCAUGUUUCAUCCGAUAUAUAACUCUAAUGAUUUGUCGAACUUAAAGAAAAACAAUAUAUGGCUUGUGAAAUAGGGCGUGUAUGUAAAAUGACAUAGUAUAUACAUUGUAAUUGUAUACAUACAAUAACACACAACAUGUUUUGUAAUUGACCCGUUGAAACUCUACUGUUCAGAUGUUUGAGUUCAACCGUCAGAGGAUGAUAGAAUUUUUAAACCCUGACAGAGAUUUUAUGGCAGACAUCGUCGAUGAUAUUCCGGUAUUCCGGUUCAAGCUCGUUGGUUCACGAGAUUUCGUCCAUUUUCUUCGGACCAUGAGAAAGACUUUGUUGUCAAAGAUAAACAUAGUCAGUAUGUGGUGCGUCUUUGUAAAUAUCUGAAAGAGAGACGACAGCAAACAACCCGUGAGACUUUGCUCAAUAAGCUACAACAAGUUGAAAAAGAGCUUCAGCAAAGCAAAAUGGAAAGAGAAAUUGAGAGUAUUAAGACAGAAGUUGUUCAGCUGGAAGAGGAAACAAAAUCAGAUAACACAAAAGCUGCUGCGCUUCAAAGAGCAGACACACAUAAACGGGAAACGAUCGGAAAUGAGGUUAAGAAAAUAGACAUUCUCACAGCGCUAAAUAAAGAAAAACAAAGAACGAAAAGGCAAAGGUGAAUUCAACGAAAAUCGCUAAAAGUAAGAAAAAAACCUUUGUACCAAGACCUGUUCCUCCGAUACCAAUACCGACUGAAGACCUUAAAUCAAACUCCAUCCAACCACAUAAAGCUCAGACAACCGGUGUUGUUCCUCGACCUCUUCCAAAGUUGCCAACUGAGACAGCAGAGCUUGACAAAACUUUAAACCAGGAAACAGAAAAAAUGAAAGCAGACGCUUCAUCAACCGACAAAACAAUUCCGUUGCGCAAAAAGCCAACUCUGAUUGAAGUGAAACCAUUCGUUCAUGGGGCCCCAACUGUCGAAAGAGAAUUAAAGGCUGAAAAGGUUGGCCGAACACUUUUUAUAAAUGUUGAGCCCAAACCCAAACAUAUUAUUCAUCAGAAGAAAGCCAUCGAUGCAAUUGCAAAAGACGUUUGCAUUCACAGACCUUUGGCUGAAGAAAGAUGUGACAAAAUCCACAAUAAAGCAUUCACUGCAGAUCUCUUGGCAAUGACUGAAGAUAUUCGAGUGUUUCGGGGUCAUUUUCUAGAGGCUUUUGAGAACGCCAAAGACGAUUUUCUUCAGAUGGAAAACUUCGAGAUUCUGUAUAAAGUAAUGUAUCGACGAAUGUUAAAUGUUGUUCAGAGACAAAUCACUGCCUUCACGCGAGCUAGGCGCCUUGUGAAUAGAUAUUGUAUUAAUUAUGAAUUGUGGAUUACAAACCAUAUCGAUGUCUGCUCGGCGUUUGGGUUAUACACAGUAGUUUCACCAUUGAAGAGUCAACUUCAAAACGAAGAGUCGAGACAACAUCCUAGCGUUGAUGGUGAACCUUUGAGACAAUUGUUAAGGAACAUAAUAGUCUCAAUUGAAUUGUUACAUGGCACACUUGAGAUUGUUGAAACAGCGUGCAAAAGUAAAAAGGCCUUGGUUAAUGAAGAAACUGAAACUAAAAAGCAGUUUGAAAAACUAUUCGUUGUAAAUGAGGAAGCACACAUUAUUUUGGACGAAUGUAUGGGGUUAAAAAUCAGAACUAACGUUGAGUUGUUUAUGGAUAUUUUACGAUGCGAUGAUAAUACUCGAGAGCUCAUGAACAAAAAACUAAAUACCCGAAAGGCUGCCAAAGAAAUGAGAUACAGAGAUGAUGAAACCAGAAAGAGAAAAUUCAAGGAAUGGAUGAAUCUGUUGCAAACACCUGUUUGUGAUCAAUCGACGGGAGCUAAUGUCAUAAACAAGCCGAAGGAAAUGUGCAUGACCGUUCCUUUGUCAUCGAAACGACAAGUGAUUGGUGACGAACAAAAUGAAAUGUGCUAUAGCACCUCAUCUCCAAAUGAAGACGAUGACGAAAACAAUGAAAUGUGCUAUAGCACCUCAUCUUCAAAUGAAGACGAUGACAUUGAUUCGGAAAAAGAUGAAUGCCUUUCAUCAGAUUUGGACGAGAAACCUAAGUGUGUAUACAAAACGCAAAUACCCGGACCCAUUUCGAGUUGGCGUCAUAUUGGACCAAACGUUAGAUACAUGAAACCACGUUCUGAAGUAAACGGGCCACACUCGCUUGAAAGGAGAUCAACCCGUGUUCCAUUGAUAAAGAAAGGAAGCAGUGAAUAUUGGGGAACGGCUCGAGAGAGUGCCCACGCCAUUAACACUGUAAUGAACAAAGACUUGGGACAAGCGAAAGAUAGCUCUACCCUAUUAUACAAGGCAAAAUCCACAUAUGACAAUAUAAGUAUUCAAAGACAAGGAACGAAACAAAUAAACGCCGCCACAGACAAGUUCAAUCAAAUCGACCCAGAGUACAGAAGAUAAUUAGAUUCCUUAAUAAUGAUAUAUCGUUUACAGAAACAAGAAUUGCAGUCAAUGAAACGGAUGCAUAAACAGCAUAUGCACGAGUAUAAAAGGGAAGAGAACGCGUAUUAAUUGGAACAGAAAAGGUUUAAAAAAGAAAAAUUCAAAACGAAGACAGGCUAUUGGAAAAAUGAAAAACCUGUUUAAAGACCUUUUAAAACAAGAGAAAACCAAGAUGAAAAACAGGAUAAAAGACAAGAUGGACAAGAUUAUCAAAGGUUGCAAUAUACUUAAAAGUAAGCUACAGUCCAUUGAUGUUCUGAAAAAGAAAAAGAACGAAAAGGCAAAUAAGACAUCCAAUACCAAACUGUCUGAAGAGCAUAAAUCAAGCAAUGGAAAAUCAAAUAAAGAUUCUAAAAAUGGAUUUGUUCAACGAAUGAAGAACAAAGAUAGCCCGGCUCUUCAAAGAAUAUAUCAAAAUAAUGCUUUAAGAAGAGAGAAAAAAACAAGCGACGAAAAGCUCAAAUGUAACGAUAACAAAACUCCUUAAUCGAUUGAAAAGUAAAAAAGAUCCCUCUUCCCAGAAUGCAUUAAAUGCAUGCCAAAGUGGCUUAAAUGCAUGCCCGAGUGGCUUUAACAGUACAAAUACAUCGGGCAAGAAUUUGGUAACAGAAGCAACGACAGACAGGUUUAAUCCUAAGGAUCCUCAUUACAAAAGAUUGUUAAAUUUCUUAACAAUAAUACGUCGUUGCUAAAAGCAAGAAUUUCUGUCAAUGAAACGGGCACAUAAUAAAGAGAUGAAAGAGUACACAAGGGAUGAGCAAAAAUUCGAGAAGGAAUAUUCUAAACAUAUAAAGGAAAUUGCAAAACAUAAAGAGGUUAUUCAAAAGAAGCGUUUAAAAGAAAAGAAAGAAAAGAAAAUGUUUAAAGAAGUCGGAACCAUACUUAAACGUAGGCCCAAGACCACUGUUAAUAUGAAAAGGAACAGGAAGGAAACGGAAAAACGCAGAAACAAAAUAAACAAAAAAUUAAAAAACGGAUAUCAGACAAGGGAAAAUCAAAGAAGGCUUAUCAAAAUGAAUGUAUCCAAAACAUGAAGAACGAAAGUAGCCCGACUCUUCAAGAACAUCAAAAGAGUGAGGAAAACAAAGAGCAGAAACAAUCGAAAAACGCAAAAGCAACAAUAACGAAACUUCUUAAUCGAUUGAGAAUGAAGAAAGACGCGUGCCAGAGUGACUUAAAUGUUUGUCCAAGUGGCAUAAAAGGUACAAGUAAAUCGUGCAAGCAUAUGUUAAAAGCAGGCGCAAUAAAUAGAUCAAUUGCACGUCAAAGUGACUUAAAUGCAUGCCCAAGUGACUAAAUAAGUGCAAAUAUAUCGAACAAGAAUUCUUUAAUAAAAGGAACCACGAAAGACUUGUUUAAUCCAAAUGACCCAGAAUACAGAAGGUUAUUAAAUUUCUUAACAAUAAUACAUUAUUCCGAGAAACAUGAAUUGCAGUUAAUGCAAUGGAUGCACAAAAAGCAUAUCAAAGAGUAUAAGAGGGAAGAGAAAGAGUUUAAAAGGGAACAGAAAACCAAACAUGGCUUAAAGAGUACAGUUAAAUCGAGCAAGCAUUCUUCAACAACAGAUGCAACCACAGACGUGUUUAAUCCCAACUACCCAGAGUACAAAAGAUUAUUAAAUUUCUUAACAAUAAAACAUCAUGUACAGAAACAAGAGUUGCAGUUCAUGAAAUGGAUACACAAGCAGCAUAUGAAAGAGUAUAAAUGGGAAGAGAAAACGUUUAAAAAUGAACAGAAAACAAGUGGCUCAGAAAGAACAAGUAAAUCGUGCAAUCAUCUUUUAAAAACAAACGUUGCCACAGACGUGUUUAAUCCGAACGACCCAAAGUACAUAAGAUUAUUAAAUUUCCUAACAGUAAUACAUCUUUCCCAGAAAAAAAGAAUUGCAGUCAUUGCAGCGAAUGCAUAAAAACGAUAUGAAAGAGUAUAAAAGGGAAGAGAUUGCAUUCAAACGGGAACAGAAAACAAAAAGUGGCUUUAAAAGUACAGGUAAAUCGGACAAUAAACUGUUAACUACCAUGACAACAGUUAAGAAUGGAGCUGUCGAAUGCGUUACGAAAUACACAAGUUGCAAACAUGCAUGUGGAAUUGGGGAAGCAUUGGGAAAUAUGAAACAUCAAGUAUAUCGGAAAGUAGACGCAUGGCUUCAACUGCAAGAAAAGAUCGAAACGGAACGUUUUAACUGAUCAGUUGUUAAAACGCAUUGAAGAACAUUCAAACCAAUCAUUGACACAGUAUUCAUCAACGAUACAUUUUGUAUCAGAAAGAAAAAGGAUGAUGAAAAAAAAAUGUCGGGUAUGCGUGUAAGGACACAAUUCAAGACUUUGCAUAUCCGCGAAUAUCGCAAUCUUUUUAACCGAAGGUAUAUGCUGCAUGAACAAACCAGCAAACUUGCUGGCUUUGAGCGGAAAAUGCUUAGCAAAGAAAAACAAUUACUUCUUAAAGAUGAUGAAAUCGAUAUUGCAUUUGAACAAGUCAUAAUGCAAACGUCUAGACAGGUCUGGUUACUGAUACAGAAGAUAGAACGGUGCAUGGAAAACGAGGAAAAGGAUCGAAAGUUUUGUUUAAAAACAAAACACGUGGAUUUGAACAGAAUUAUGAAACAAUAUGACAAGAAUUUGAUAAAAUUUCAUCACAUGUACCUCUUUAUUGAACGGCGAUUAAGAGCCAAAGUAGCAAAGGUCAAAUAUGAAAUUGAAAACAAUUUAAUUAUAAGUACAAUACUGUACAAACAGAUUGAAGCAGUGUGUCCAACAUUUUUCGAGAAAUCCAAGUACACAGAUCUACAGUAUUUGAAAGAAUGCUAUACGAAUAAGAAAGAGGAAAUAUUUAAUGCGUUUGAUAAAUAUGUAGAAAGCGUGUUAUCAAGUAUGUAUGAAGCGAUUUCUAAGAAAUAAAGAUAUUGCAGCUGUAAAGCGAAUGGAACUGCUAAAUAGAAAAUGUAUGACAGAAAUUUCUCAAAUCCGCUUGACUUUCUUGCCCAACAUUUAUGGCAUUUUGAAACGUAUGUCACAAAAAAUUGAGUCUGUUUAAGAUUUGGUUGACGAUUACAUUUUGGAUUACAUCGACAAACCUUUUUUAUCGGAGAAACAGAAUGUGCACGAGGGAAAGAAACAUGCCUUCAAUGCAUUGAGGAAGUGGGGGGACAGUUACAGAAAGGUUGUUUUAAAAGAAUUUGAGAACAUGGAAAAGUCAGUCAGAAACCAGCUGUUGAACCACUAUGAGUGCUAUUUUGACGAGGACAAUAAAGACCUUACAAGCAUGAGGUUGAAGCUUCUGACUUGGUUCCGAAUGCGAUAUUCAACAAAGGUUGGAUCAAAUCGAGUCCUUUUUCUGAAAAUGAUCGAAGCCACUCAAGGCCUGGCGUCACAUCCUGAGAGCCGAGCGGCGUUUACUGAAACAACAAGCCAUCCAGACAACGUUUUCAAAUGGAUGAGAAUGAAUUUCCCUCAAUUGAACACGCGCAAAUGCAGACGCACCACGCACGUGUGUUCUAACGAGAAUGAUAUUGUCGUGGAAGAAUUGGAAGACGGUUAUUGUUCGACCUCUAACAACUGCAGACCUGAGCUUCAGAUUCCAAUGGCGAGUGAUUUCAGUUUUAUAUACAAUUCUCUGUCGGAGAUUUGUUUAAAGCCAAAGCGGGAGCCUGGAUUCAGUAUUAUAUCAAGAAUACAAAACCUAAACCAAACGAAAGUAUCAUGCUGUCGAAUGACAGUCGUAGUUGUACUACGCCACCUGACGAAAAAGCCAGUGCGAAAACGGUGAAUGAGGAUAUUGACAAUACAGAAGUUUUAGAAAAAUCAAAAUCACACGAAUUAAUUAGGUCGGAAAAUGAAACAUAAACAGAUGGUACAGAGACACAAAAAACAAAGCAGAAGAAAGUUGAGAAAAUGAAAAAGGCGAAGACAACGGACAUAAAAACUGACAAGAAAACGGACAUUGCAACAGACAAGACAAACGAAAAGAAAUUGAAGAAAGCAAAACAGUUUAACCAAAAGGAGAACACUGCAAAGAAGAGCUUUGGUAAAAAGCUAAAGCAUAAGCUUCGGAAAAUCAUGCCUUUCCGAAAAGCUGUAUCACUCAACGAGAGUGAGAGUAAAGUGUCUGAUCGGGCGAAUAAUGUGUUACAAAAUGAUGAUGAAGCAUUAUUGCACAACAUUGACCUUGUUCAGACAGAAAUUAAGGCUCCAAGUACGACUGAAGUAAUCGUCCACCAAGAAAAAGACGUAAAUGACUUAAAGGACCAGAGAAAAAACGGUGGUGGAAAAGAGUUUUCCGCAAAACAAAAGCAAGAUUCAAGACGUCCAGUAGUAGAAAAGAUAUCGAUGAAGCCGUUGACGACUCGGAACCAAAAACAGACUACGACUGGACAAAGGACCCGGGGUGGCAAAACGUUCAGCCGGGUACAAGUUUCGGUUUUGUAGCCGCCGAACCCCCCACGCCUGAGGAGCUCGCAUUGAACGGGUGCGUGUGGUCGGACACGGACUCGGACAGCGACUAUGAGGAUCACACAUCAGACGCUGAGCGCAAGGCGAAUUAUGUCGACUCACUCCUUGCUCAACUGGACAAUAAUCAUCGAUCAGGGGCCUUCGGUGUAGAAAGCGACACCGUGGAAAACAGAGCCAUCACCGAUGCGAUCUACGCGGCCUUGGAUGACAUCUGGGACGAUGGCGACGGUCUGUAAAGGGGAACUGCCGUUGAAGACGCCGUUGACGUUUCUCUUCUCGCUCUCCUUGAUACCAGCUGACGAUGAGUGAUCAGACAAUAUUUAGACUUUAUAUAUUAUUUUAAUUUCAUUUUUUUAACUUAUUUACGUGUAGACAUUUUUGUGUUAUAUUAAAUUGGUAAAAUAUUA